AUCAUUGAGCUCCCUCCACCUACAAUUUCCCUAAAUCUUUUUGUUUUGGUUUUCAGCGUUACUGCCGAAGAAAAAAGUUUACGUAACCUGUCGACGUAACAGCUUUGCUAGUGUGAAGCAAGAUGCGCGCCAAGCCGCCGGGGUCUGGUAACAACGCUCAAGAUGGAGGACAACGAAGUACAAAAUACUUCAAGGAAUAUUGCGAUUUUGUAUGGUUCUCAAACCGGGACUGCCGAAGAGGUAGCGGAAAGGAUUGGACGCGAGGCGAGAAGAAGAUACCUGGUUCCUCGUGUAGAAGCAAUGGAUGAUUAUAAUAAAGUUAACCUUAUAUACGAGCAUUUAGUGGUAUUUGUUUGUGCAACCACUGGAGAUGGAGAAGAACCAGACAACAUGAAGGGAUUUUGGAGAUUUUUACUACGCAAGAAUCUGCCUCGGGACUGCUUGCAAAAUCUAUCCUUUGCUGUUCUUGGACUUGGUGACUCUUCUUAUCCAAAAUUUAAUUUCAUAGCAAAAAAAUUGUUCAAACGAAUGUCUCAAUUGGGAGCACAGGAAUUGCUUCAUUUGGGAUUAGGUGAUGAUCAACAUGACCUAGGUCCAGAUGCUGUAAUAGAUCCAUGGUUGAAAUCAUUAUGGGAAAAGAUUCUCGCCAAGAUUCCCUUGCCUCCAGGAAAAAAUAUAAUGGACUUCACAACUAAACCAAUUCCUCGAUACAAAGUCACCAUUUUAACUCAAGAUAUGAAAGCAAAUGGAUCUUUUUGUAAAGAAUCCUCUUUGAAUAAAAAGGUAAAAAACUCACAAGAUGCUGAAAUCUUUUUCACCAAUAUUGUGGAAAAUAAAAGAGUUACAACAAAUGAUCAUUUUCAAGAUGUCCGGUUAAUAACGUUUGAUAUAACCUCAUCAGGUAUGAGUUACAGCCCAGGUGAUGUACUAAUGAUCCAACCAAGAAACCUAAGAGAAGUGGCAGACGACUUUAUAAAUUAUCUAGGUUUAAAUUCUAAUAACGAAAUAUUUCUCUCUCAAAAUUAUGAAGACAUUCCUCUACCGAAAGAACUUCCACAGCCUUGCAACGUAAGAUAUUUAGUGGAGAAUUACUGGGACAUACAAGGAGUACCGAAGCGAUAUUUCUUCGAACUGCUGUCUCAUCUUACGGAUUCUGAACUCGAGAAGGAAAAACUAAAAGAAUUUACGACUCCAGAAGGACAGGAAGAACUUUAUUCGUACUGCUAUCGACCUCGAAGAACAACAUUAGAGGUUUUGAAAGAUUUCCCACAUACUAUCAAGAAUAUAAGCUUGGAAUACUUAUUUGACCUAAUCUCUCCAUUAAAGCCGAGGGCAUUUUCUAUAGCUUCAUCCGUCAAGGCACAUCCAGAUAAAGUUCAAAUCUUAAUGGCCGUCGUUAAAUAUAAAACAAAACUUCACAAACCCAGAACUGGCGUAUGUUCAACAUGGUUAGCAUCCUUGACACAAAAGGAUAAGAUAAGGGACACUAAGAUACCUGUAUGGAUAAAGAAAGCGACAAUUUCGUUUCCCAAAUCGUUGGAAACACCUGUAAUCUUGAUAGGCCCAGGUAAGUUCGAUGAAAACUUGACAUGCCUUCAUUUGUUUAGUAGUGAGAGGUCAGUCAUUUGUUUUCAAGGUACGGGCUGUGCACCAUUUCGUAGUUUUAUAGAGGAGAGAAUUUCCAAAACAGAGAAGGGAGGGAAAUGCAUUUUGUUCUUUGGUUCGAGAUGUAGAAACAAAGACUUCUUCUUUGAACAGGAAUGGACACCACUUCACGAUGCAGGUCUGAUAACGUUAUUCACUGCAUUCUCGCGUGAUCAGAAAGACAAAAUAUACGUUCAACAUCGUUUAAAAGAAAACGGCGGGCUAAUUUGGAACCUAUUAAACAAAGAAGAAGGAUACUGUUAUUUAGCUGGAAAUUCAAAACAAAUGCCAAUGGAUGUUUCCGAUGCAUUAAAAGAUAUCUUUAUGUGCGAAGGAAACUUAUCAAAAGCAGAAGCUGAAAAUUAUAUGAAACAAUUGAUUCAAACUAAAAGAUACCAACGCGAGACUUGGUCUUGACACGAAUACUUGAAAUAUACACAGUUUAUGCCACAAAAGAAAUAUCGUUCAACGAUAUAAAUUUAUUAUACUCAUGAAAUAAAUAAACAAAAUAAUAUAUAUUUACCUUA